AUGUUCGUUACAUUCACGACACAGGGUUUUUGGAAAAAAUUCGGUGAAUUUCGAGAACAAGCAACAGUUUAUUACAAACAACGAUUCAUCGUAUUACUGAAGGGAGAAAUGCCAAACAGUUAUUACAUAUGGAGUUCAUACCCAUUGCUUAAUCAUGCUGAAGAAACACAUGUACGAAUAGCGGUGCUGGAAGAAUACGAAGGUGAUUUUAAUGAUGAUGGAAAACCUGAUCUAAUCGAAUUGAAUGUCACUUUUCCUAUUGAAGAAAAAGAUAAAAUCUGUGGAGUUUUUUAUAUGUUUUUGUUUGAGUAUCAACUUGAUCAAAGGUCGCGCUUUUCAAUGGAAACUGCAGUGCUUGAUGAUUUGGAACACGCCACUAUGUCAUCAUCGGUAACAGUUUCUGGUGAUCUUUGGUUGGAUCAAGCGGCUCCACUCUGGAGUAGUGGCCGGGAUCCAAACCAUGGAGGGCCUCUAAUCAAUGAAUCCAGUUUAGACUUAACUCAGUAUAAUCCUGCCGAAAUUGUCUCACGCAAUUCUUUUAGAAAUUUCACAACAAUUUUGAAAAGGUGA